AUGUCGAGCUCAGAGAAUCUGAUGAAGGGCCAGCGUGGACAGCCUGGGAUAUACCCUGAGCCUCAAGGACCUCCACAAUGGGCGCAACAGAUGCCUCCUCAAUACAAUGGAGGACAAUCGCAGUAUCAACAAUAUCCUCCUCAGCAACCUCAGUAUUAUCAACAACAGCCAGCAGGAUACAAUCAACCAUCAUAUCCACCUCAACAGCCAUAUUACGCACCACCUCCACCUCAAAACUAUGGAUAUUCGGGUCCUCAAAAUAAUAUGUAUCCCCCACCGCCUCCUCCACCAUUGCAAACCAGUAAUGAUGAAAAGUUUAAGAAGGUUGGACCAAAGGAUUUAUGGGCGGCCUUGUUAUUCAUUGUGAUGCUCAUUGGUUUUGCAGUCUCGGCUUAUUUCGGAAUCUCUCAUCUGACAUUUAGUGAUAGUACCAACCAUACCAACUCCACAACUCCAACUAAUGGAAGCACUACAAAUAACGGAAGCAGCUUCAGCUUGACAGCAAGCCAAGUAGGCACCUUAAUUGCCAUAUCUGUCGGAACAGGCUUUGUCUUUACUUCGGUCUACUUUAUGCUAAUGAUAAAAUAUGCUGGAGAACUCAUCCACAUAACGUUUAUCAUGUCGAUAAUCUUGAAUUUUGUCAUGGCAAUCUACUUGUUCUAUAUCAAGCAAUACUUGAUUGCUAUCAUAUGGGUAAUCUUCUCGUUUCUGGUCAUGUUGUCGAAUGUGACUGCUCUGGCAGCGAGGUUUUGGGGAACUAUAGUUGUUGGAUUUGCUGGUUUGAUAAUCGGUGCAGUUUGGUAUAUCCUCUGGGUGCUAGCUACUACCGGAAUCCUACAAGACGCUUCAACCAAUAAUUGGAACAGCGCGGCAGUAUAUGUUUUGAUUAUAUUCAUGGUGUUUUGCUUCUACUGGACAUCACAAGUGAUUUCAAAUGUUGUUCAUGUGACGGUUUCUGGUACCUUUGCGCAUUAUUACUUCCUGGGUACUGGAGUGCCAGGUGGCAGGAUUCAGGUCUCUGGUACUCCUACAGUCGGAUCACUAGGUCGAGCCAUGACUACCUCCUUUGGAUCUAUUUGUUAUGGCUCUCUCGUCAUUGCGCUGCUUCAAACACUACGCACGAUGUUGCAGAUGGCUCAGAAUCAAGCUGCUCAAGACGGCAAUAUAAUUGGAAUGUUCUGUAUAAUCUGUGCUAAUUGUUGUCUGGGCAUCAUCGAGCAGCUGAUACAAUACUUUAACGUGUAUGCCUUCACUCAAGUUGCCAUUUACGGAAAGGAUUAUUGUGAUGCUGCAAAAGCAACUUGGGCACUUGUCAAAUCUCGUGGCGUUGAUGCCAUUAUCAAUGAUAACCUCAUAGGAAACGUACUCGCUAUGGGUGGAUUGCUUGUUGGCUUGCUAUCUGGCUUCAUUGGUUUCAUAUGGGCCAAAUUCAGUGAUGGAAUACCGGCCACAGCUUCUUAUUAUGUCACAAUUGUGAUCAUAUGUUUCUUUAUUGGCUUUUCAGAGUUCAGCAUCUUGGCUGAAGUCAUCAAUAGUGGAGUCGUCACUACUUUUGUUUGUCUUGCCGAAGAUCCAAACGCUCUUGCACGCACAAAGCCUGAGUUAUAUGAAGCCAUACGAGAAACAUACCCUCAAGUUGCAUAUGCAGCUGUCUAA